AUGGCCAUCACUAACCUCGCCACCCAGCACAUCUUCACCCGCCGCCUCUUUUACCUUCUCGCCGCAACGCUUACCCGCCUCUCAAUCUUAACCUACUACCUACGCAUCUUCCCCCCGUCCCUCUCGUUCCUGCGCCCCCUCUCUUAUAUCCUGAUACUACUUUCGCUCCUCCACUUCAUCCAAGUCCUCACUGUUCUCUCCCUCUUCUGCAAAGAUAUCGCCUUACUCUGGUCAUCACACUGGCGCUCCUUUCAUGGCUCAUCGUGUUUCAGCUCGCUGGUAUACAGCUACUCCGCUGCCAUUGGUGACAGCGUAGUCGAUAGUCUCAUCUUCGCGCUGCCGCUACCAUAUGUAUGGCAGCUUUCCAAGUUGGGGUUAAAGAAGCGGUUGGGUCUGAUACUAGUGUUUGGAUUGGGUUUUGUCGUUUGCGUAGUGGCGUUGCUUCAGAUUCCAGUGUUGCGGCGGAGAGAAGAGGACGGAGAGUACUUUGGGGGAAAAGUUAAUGUGCUGGUUGCAGUGCAGAUCUGUUUCGGGAUCGUAGCAGCUUCAUUGCCGGAUUUGAGGGGAUGCAUUGCGAGGGGUUGCUUUGGGAAGGCUGGAUGGGGACGUGGGGGUGAUGGCAGUGGUAGUGGGAGAAGAGCAGAGGCGAGGGAUGUCGAGCGGGGAUUAUCACAUGAUGGAGAGAUGAGCGGCGGGAAGAAAGGGUUCCGAAGGCCGGACUGGAUGAGAACUGGUAUUCCUGCGAGUUUGAUGUCGACGACGACGGUCACGCUUCAUGAGGGCACUCGGCUUUCGGGGGUAGAUAGUCGGGAUUUGGUUGCAAGACCAGAGACGGCUGCAGUCAAGUAG